AUGUACAACCAUUUCAAGAGAGCCAAGUCGACUAAGCAUCGUAGGGUGUUCGUAGGCGGUCGAGCAGCGCGAAUUAGGACGUCGAUCGAAACAUGGGCCAAUGCACCUCUCGAGGUUCAAGUUCCGACAACCGUAAAGUCGAACAGGGUAUGUGCUGAUACGAGCGAAACGGCCGCGGUGAUUGAGGGAGACCCCAUGGGGACUCCGAUUCGUGUUGGAACAAACCUUGCUUUAGGAGGAGUAGCACGGACAAACCUGUCAAAUGCAGCAUCAGCACGCAUAUAUGUGCAGAUAGAAGAAUGCGUGCCGAAGCUUUUGCAAGCAUUGUGCGGCGCCGAGACAGAUUGGGCGGCACGAACAAAAGCCAAGGAAAAGAAGCAGUGGUGGCUUGCAGUACAGGCUGGUAACGUCGUCAGCCGAGCAUUAUCGAGGGCUUCUUUUGACCGUCAUCCUUCGUUGCUAUUUGCUGUAUGGACAUGGGAGGAUGAUGAGGUCGUUACUGCGUCAAUGCUACCUCGGUUGCAUCUCUCGUUAAAUCUGGGGAUGUUUGGGAUGCAAACGCUGUAUUACAAUAGAGGUGCGGGCAGAGUCGGUGCAGAGGAAAAGAAGAAGAAGAAGAAAUGCCGAUGCAAAACAGAGCAGAACUGGUCCAGGACAACCAUGACUUCUGCAGGCGCGGGCGCGGACGCGGACGCGGAGGAGGAAGGGGAAAUCGGGAGAAUGAGGAGUAGGCACAUGGAGCGCAACGGCGACCAAGAAGAUAGUGGAGAGAAUCAGGUGAUGUUAGGGUGA